AGUCUGGCAUGGUGUGUCACUGUACUAAGAACCAUAACUGUGUUUUAUUUUGAUGAAGAAACAAUCGUUUCGUUUUUUUUUAAAUGUGUUUUGUUAAUUUUGACAGCUACCGCAGAAUGUGAUAUCAACAUUAAAGAGAAUUAUGAAGAUAAUCACCAUCAUGUACAGGCUUACAUCAGAUUUCCCAGGAUGUGAGGUAUAACUGUCUAAAUGAUGAAGAAAAUUAAGAAAUUGUUAAUCUACAGGUUCUAGAUGACGUAUUUUAAAGUAUAGCUUUGGAAAAGAAGAGGUCAUCCCCACUUUACAGAAUUUCAAAUAGUGAUAUGCAGUUGUUAAGAAAAAGAUGAAGAAAUCAACUUCUUACAGAUAAACAUCCAUUGUGAGUACCUGGACCCUGCUCUACACAGAGACAAUGAAAGAAAUCAGAACCCAGUGUUUAGAGAGAUCUCCAAGACUGAGGAAAUCCACACGGGAGUCUGUUAUAAAACAUCAGCAUAAAGAAAUAGAUGUCUGCUGUCAAUAAUGUAUAGAGGAGUGAUACAGAAAUCUGUCAGAGUGUCUGAUUUUAGAGGGUGUAGUCAUAUUUCACGUGUUACAUCAGACCGGGUCUGGAUCAGUUAUUAUGGCAAUCUUAUACUGACUAACACUAAAGGGGAAGUACUAAAUCAUGUGACAGACGGAGGUCAUAAUCUUUGGGGAGUACACACUGUGAACUUUGAUGGUGAUCUGAUUUAUAUAGACAAUGAAUUAAACAUCAGUAAACUGUCCACAGAGAAUAAAGAAAAGACUACGAUAAUAAAGUACAACACAGCACCAUGGGAACCACGGAGUGUCUACAGCUCCCCCUCCACUGGAGACCUGCUGGUCGGGAUGUCUUACUACACUCAUUAUAAAAAAACAGGCAAGGUCGGGACAUUUAGACGUGAUACAGAGACAGCGACAGGCAAGGUAGUGCGGUAUAACUCCACAGGAGAAAACAUCCAGACCAUACAGCACGACAACAUCACAGGUCAGGGACUGUAUAGUGAUCCGAUGUACAUCACAGAGAACCGCAAUGGAGAUGUUAUUGUGUCUGACGGGCUCCGUCGUGUUGUAGUGGUGACAGAUCGUGACGGUAAUUACCGAUUUUCCUACAAAGGUACUCCAUCAGGAUCAGUACUAGGACCACUAGGAAUCUGUACUGACGCGCUGUCACACAUCCUGGUGAGUGUUUGGAGAACCAAUUCAGUACAGAUGUUAGACUGUGAUGGUAAAUACAUGACUGAGAUACACACACUACAUCACGGGAUAUACUCACCAUUCGGCCUGAGUUAUGAUGAUGACUCACACCUACUGUGGGUAGGGUCACAGCACAGCACAGUCUACAUAUACAGAGUGGUAGAUACAGACUCUCUGACUGGUAAGUAA